AAAUUCCGUUUGCCGGCUAUCAAAGAGCUAUGGGGUACAGGCGUAUACCAGCCAGCAGCGGUCCACGAUCGGGGUCUUUUGCGUCUAGUGCCCUCCGAACUGAGACCCUACGUCUUUGGCGAUGUGAGACAGGAAGAGGAAGAUUUUCUUGAUCCAGCAGACAAAGUACUCAAUAGAGUAGAGGCAGACGAACUGGAGGAAGAGUGGGGAAUGGAAGAAGAUGGGGCCACUGCCAGCAUGCUAGGAGCAGAACGAGAUCUUCAUCCGCGCUCAACUAGAACUGGUGGCGAACCUUGUAGUCAGGAAUUGAAAGCAGGAACGCGGAAUAGAGUUCGGAAAGACGUCAUUCGCUGGGCGACGGAAGACAACACACAAGGGGUGUUUGAGAUUCUCAAGU